CAAUUCCAAUACAAGUGAAAUGAUAAAGGUAUUAUAUUUUGAAGAAAUCUCUUACAUCAUAAAGUAUAAAACAAAAGCCUGCAAAUAAGGAAAAAUCUCUUACAUGAACCGCGAUUGUUGCUUUUGGUUGUCGUCUUCUACAUGAUCGCCGCUGCAACUGCUACUGCAACCAACUGAGAAACUUCACAAAAAUCACCUGAAAAAAAAUAUGCAAAAAUCAAGCUUUAAUUUACCUUUGCCCCAAAAAUCUAUGAACAAUUCAAGACAGCAGCUUUUUGAUUCUCUCACAUCUCACAUUUCUCUUUACAAUUCACAAACCGCUCCAUUUCCUAAUCAUAACCCUAACCCUAGAUCAUCUAUUAUCAAAUGGUUCUCUUCCCUUUCGAUUCCUCAACGCCAAGCUCAUCUCACAAUCGUUCACUCCAAUUUCCUCCAAAUUCUGUUGCAAAUGCUUGGUAAACUCCAAUCCAACGGUCAUGGUUUCUUCUUCAUCCUACCUGACAUGCCUUCAGAUGGUUCUGAUCUUCCAAGCAUUUGUUUCAGGAAGUCUCAUGGGUUGUUAGCUCGAGUUGCAGAGUCGAACGAGUCAGAACGGCGAGUUCGUCACUCGGUACGGAUUUUCAGCUCGAAAGAAGGGGAAGGGGAAAAUGGGGUUUCGGGUUUGUUGGAAUUUGUUGAUUCUUUGACUGUAAGUGGGGCAUUUGUUGGCAAUGUGGAUACUUUUGUGAAUGCAAUGGAUGGUGUUUCGAAUGGGAGGUUUUUGAGGGGGGAAGAAAGUGGGUUCAGCUCAGAAUGGGUGGAAUUGGAGUGGUUGAAAGAGAAGGGUUAUUAUAGUAUCGAGGCUUUUGUGGUGAAUAGGUUGGAGGUGGCGUUACGAUUGGCAUGGUUGAAUCAUAAUAAUGGGAAAAAGAGAGGUGUGAAGCUGAAAGAUAAGGUGAAUUCUGUAGGUGUAGGAGCCAAUGCAUUUUGGAGGAAGAAAGGGUGUGUAGAUUGGUGGGGAAAGUUAGAUGAGGCGACAAGGGUCAAGAUUCUUCGUCAUGGCUUAGGGAAGGCGGCAAAAUCACAGAUUGCUGAUACUUUGAAAGGGGCAAGAGGUGUUUCUGCAGAUAAAGCUUGGCUAUGCAGUUCAACACUAGAACAACCUCUGAGGGGCAACACUACUUUGUCUGAUCGAAGGAACUUAGUGAAUCUCAGAGUGUCAGAUGCAAGAGUUGCAAAACAGAGCCCGCGUCAUGCAUCAGUGUUUGGAGUUUCAUGUUCAUUCAACCAGUUACUUGAUUGUUUGUUUAUGCUCAAGGAUAUCUCCACUGUGCUGUUGGCAUGUCCACAUUCUGUUUGCGGGUCUCCUGAUAGUGAAAAACUAUUUUUUAGUUCAUUAGAAUCUGUUAAUACUCUUUCUGAUUGUAUAUUAAGAAAAUUACGGGGGUUACUCAUGAUUAUUUCUCUUGACUGUACAAAGUAUGAGCUACUAGCGGACGAAAGCUUGAAGUCCUCAUCAAAGCAAAACAAAGAGAUACUUGGUGCUUCUAACCGUAAGAAAAAAGGAAAAAAACGUAAAGUGAAGAAAUCAAAUCCUUUGCCGAAACCUACAACAGAUGGUUUAAGGCUUGUUAAAAGCACUGAGGAUAAGGGAGACACAUUCAUGUGUGGUGAUAAUGUACAUAGUAGUUCAUCUACUGGUUUGGUCAAUAAAAUUUGUGGUGAUAAUGUACAUAGUAGUUUGCCUAGUGGAUCGGUCAACAGAGAACAACAGAAGGAUCUUGAUAAAGAGAGUGUUCCAUCUUUGAUCGAUAUGGUUGGACAUGGUGAAGGACCAGAUGGUCAAACUGUUAGAAGUGCUUCAAGGAAGAAAAGGAAAGAAAGAAACAAGAUUAAAAACCCUAGCUUGAUAACUUCUGGGGAAGAUGGUAAAUGCCAGAAAAGAAAUUCUCAGAAGUCCUUUAUUUCUGUCACCUCCCGAGAUGGGGAUCGAAGGUCUGAUUGUGUCACUGUAGUAGAUUCAGUUGUUCAAAGCGGAUCAAAAGAUUCUUGUAUUGACAAUGAGAAACGUGAACUGGAAAUGAGUAUUUUGAGUCGAAGCAGUGGGGAUUCUGGCUCUUCUGGUUCUUUUGAAGGUUGCAGGAAUCCUUGUUUGACAGACCAUUUGCCUACAGAGGGGGUGAUGGGAAAAGGAGCGGUAGCUGUUGCAGUGGAAACGAGGGAAGGCGAUUCUGCUGUAUCUUCUGUAGUGCCUGUGAUUAAAUCUGAACUCACUCAUUCAAACUGCAAGGAGUUUAAAAAAUUGAACAGAUCAGGUUUUCUUGAGCAACAAACUAAAGUUGGUGAUCCCAACACAAAGUUUAAAUCCUUAAAGGAGCAAGGAAGUGUUGAUGUUUAUGAUACAGGGCCGAUGAAUUCUCCAUCUUAUGUUUCGUAUGAGUGGCCCAGUGUAGCUCCUGUUCAUCUUCCAUGCGGUGAUUCUCAUCUCCCACGGGCUACUGAUAGAUUGCACCUUGAUGUCAGUCACAACUGGAAAAGUCAUUUUCGUCAUUCUUUUCUACGCAAUGUACGUCAUGUAAGAAAUUCUUCAAUUGAAACAGGGUGCCCUGGAAUCAUAUCUGGACCUCUGUCAGUGAGUUUAGAUUGGCCCCCAAUGGUGCGCAGUAUCAAUAGACUAGCUGCUCCAUCAGUUACAUGCAAUUAUGAUGCUGGGUUCAUCUCUAGGAGAACUUCUUUCCAGCAGGAUAUAGCAGCCCAAAGCAUGCACUGCAAUGCGAUGAGUACUGAGGAUGAAAGGGUGUAUUCUGGCGACUUAAUGGACUUCUCUGAUCUAUCAAAUUCACAUGAAGUAGGUGAAGACCAUGAUUAUCACUGGAUGUCUGAAGAAGAGUUAGAGGUACAUGCUGUUUCCGGGGUGGACUAUAAUCAGUACUUUGGAGGUGGUGUUAUGUAUUGGAAUCCUUCUGAUCAUCUCGGUACUAAUUUUUCACGUCCUCCCUCUCUUAGCUCAGAUGAUAGCUCAUGGGCAUGGAGGGAAGCAGACAUGAAUAGGGCAGUUGAUGAUAUGGUUGCCUUCUCUUCUUCCUACAGUACAAAUGGUUUAACUUCUCCAUCUGGUGCUUCCUUUUGCUCUCCAUUCGAUCCUUUAGGUUCUGGACAUCAGGCUCUUGGUUAUGUUAUACCAGGAAGUGAGAUUACCAGCAAGGUUCUGCAGUCAUCAUCGGCAGCAGAUCUAGUGACAGUAGAGAAUGCUUCAGGAUCCUUGUCCAAUUUGCCUGCUGAAGGUGAAGCAAAGUCUGUGGAUUCACUCCCAUACCCCAUUCUACGACCCAUUGUCAUUCCCAGUAUGUCUAGGGAGAGAUCGAGAUCAGAUUUUAAGCGCAGUCAUGAUCAUAAAAGUCCCUGUGUUCCUCCCAGCAGGCGGGAGCAACCUAGGAUCAAGAGGCCUCCAUCACCUGUUGUCCUCUGUGUUCCACGUGCCCCUCAUCCACCUCCUCCUUCUCCUGUUGGUGAUUCUAGAAGACACAGAGGUUUUCCAACAGUUCGGUCUGGUAGCUCCAGCCCCAGGCAGUGGGGUGUUAAAGGUUGGUUUCAUGAUGGAAUUAAUUUUGAAGAAGCUUGUAUACGCAUGGAUGGUAGUGAAGUAGUUUGGCCUGCUUGGAGAAGUAAAAGUCUCUCAGCCCAUCAGUUAACGCAACCUCUACCUGGAGCUUUGCUGCAGGAUCGCCUCAUUGCAAUUUCACAGUUAACUCGCGAUCAAGAACAUCCAGAUGUUGCAUUCCCACUUCAACCUCCUGAAACGCUGAACUCUACUGCAAAGAAGGCCUGUCUCUCGAUGAUCCAUAGUCGCCUUCACAACGAAAUUGAGAGCUUCUGCAAACAGGUUGCCUCUGAGAAUUUGAUCAGGAAGCCUUACCUUAAUUGGGCUGUAAAGCGCGUUGCACGUUCUCUACAAGUAUUAUGGCCUAGAUCUCGUACAAACAUUUUUGGUUCAAACGCUACUGGGUUGUCACUCCCAUCGAGUGAUGUGGACCUUGUGGUUUGUCUUCCUCCUGUGAGGAAUCUGGAACCAAUUAAAGAAGCUGGGAUCUUAGAGGGGCGAAAUGGGAUCAAAGAAACAUGUCUCCAGCAUGCAGCUAGAUAUCUGGCUAACCAGGAGUGGGUAAAAAAUGAUUCUCUGAAGAUCGUGGAAAAUACUGCUAUACCAAUUAUAAUGCUUGUGGUGGAAGUUCCACAUGACCUCAUUUCGUCGUCUCUAUCAAAUUUACAAACACCAAAAGCUGAACCAACUCAGUUGACUGUUGAAGAAGGCAAUACUUUUCAGGCUGAUUCGACUUGUUCGGAUUCCUCAUCUUCACCACAGUGGUAUAAGGUGAAUGAAUGUGUGAAGGAUGUAAAAGCAGUUCGACUUGAUAUUAGUUUCAAAUCGCCUUCACAUACAGGAUUACAGACCACAGAGCUGGUAAAAGAGCUCACAGAACAGUUUCCUGCUGCCACACCCCUUGCUUUAGUGCUAAAACAGUUCCUAGCAGAUCGCAGUCUUGACCAGUCAUAUUCAGGCGGUUUAAGUUCGUAUUGUCUAGUACUAUUGAUCACACGGUUUUUGCAGCAUGAACAUCAUCACAGUCGACCAAUUGACCAAAACUUGGGGAGCCUCCUGAUGGAUUUUUUCUACUUCUUUGGGAAUGUGUUUGAUCCUCGUCAAAUACGGGUCUCAAUACAGGGAAGCGGCUUAUACAUAAACAGAGAACGAGGGUGCAGCAUUGAUCCAAUUUGCAUUGAUGAUCCUCUGUACCCAACCAAUAAUGUGGGGCGGAACUGCUUUCGCAUUCACCAAUGCAUCAAGGCAUUUGCGGAUGCUUAUUCUACUUUGGAAAAUGAGAUACCUUCUCUUCCUAGCAACGAUGAAUCUGAUUCAGUACCUCAAGUUAAGCUGCUCCCAAAAAUUGUUCCAAGCAUUGGGGCUUCUGAGGUAUCUUAAUAUCAGAAAUUUUGCAUCUUGAAGGUAUGUUAAGCUCAAACAUUAUCUUCCGAUCAACCAUAAAUACAUGUAUAGUUUUCAAGAUGCCAUUGGUAUUUUCUUGUGUCUUUUUCUAUCCUCUUAGAUUGAAAUGAUUUGUUGCAUGAGAAUAAAGUUCUAAACUUAUAAUGACUUGGUUGUAUUAAAAAAGCUUCUAGAAAGAAUGUUGUUCAUUAAGGUAUUGUGUAAGUAUCUCCAUGAAGGUAUCAAAGAGUUGUGUUUCUUCCUGUAUAUGGGCUAAUUUUACUUUUUCUUAAAAGUAUCUCCAUGAAACCAGUGAGAAGGAAAGACAUUAUGCUAAACAUUGAAGUUUGGGUCUUCAUAAGUUGAGUAGUCUGAAUAUUACAUGGUAUUGUUUGUUUGAUGUUUUACUCUUCACUUUAAAGUAUCUGCAUUUAAUCUCUUCUUUACUUUUAUUUGCCUUGGUUUCUUGUUAACUUUUAUAACUAUCAAAGACUCAAAGGUCAGUCUCAAUCAUUUAUGUCCUAUUUGGUAUCAGCUUAUUGUUAUGACUAUGAAAGACUCAAUGAUCAAUCUCAACUUGCAACUGCCUCUACUAGAGUUGGACUAAAUUCUACAGCCUCUCAUUCUGCCGUGAUUGGUUGGGACUCUGCCUUUAAAAAUUGGGACCACCUUCCACUGGAUGUCAGAACCAAGGAACAGUUAAAGAGCUCCUCCAUUCAAUAGAAUCAAGCAUUGUCUAAACUCAAUCAUGUCAAUAUAGCAUGACCACAUUGACAUGUUGGAGACAAUGUAUUGUUACCUGGUUCGUCUUGAAAGUUAUUCCAAGGUGCUGGCUGGAAUUGAGUGGACAUUUUGAGGUUGAGGCAUUACAGCAUAUCUCACUCAACCUCCAUGUUAAUAUUUGAACCUUGGGCUAAUAACUCAAAAAGUUAGCUCAUGAGGUCAAGAUUGUUAAAUCCAUAUAAUGAGGCAAACAACCCUAUCCCACACCGAGCUGAGACUCUAACACCCCCCCACCCCCCAUAUGCCCAGGAUUGGACAUCUAGAGCGUGGGCAAUAUUACAUGGGAGCCAUUGUUAGGUAAACCAAGAGUUGGGAUGGGUUUGGUUCUGGUACCAUGUGAAGAAAUGGUGGUGUCUGUGCCCUCUUGAUAACACUGGUGAUCGGGCCAUCAUGCGCAUGCCUCAACUACUUCACCAAGUAUCUGCUAUCCUCCAACAGCACAGGUACAGGAUAAUUCUACACACCCAGACUUGAGCAAAUGGGUCACAAUCAAUAGGAAAAGUAAGCUUUCAACUGCUCCUGAUAGGUUGAGCAUCUUCGGAUUGAAGAUACCUUACGCCAGGAGGGGGCUGAUGGUGAUUGAAGUUAUGUUAUCUUUCUGCUGGCAAUGCAUCUUGGCCUUCUAAUUUAUGUUGGGAGGAUCACAAAUAAUAGUGUUCUAAAGUGAUUUCACUCUGGUGAUGCAGUUGCUAAAAGGGGAUCCUUCAAUUGUGCAAGAAGAUUGAGGCCAAAUUUUAGUCUAGAAAAGGAAGAAAGAAAAAAGAAAGUGAAGAGGAGUUUCUGUAUAAAUUCACAUUAAUUUUUGCUUAGACAUACCCUUGUCCUUUUAUGGUGAUAACAAUUAAGCUGAGCUGGUGUUUUUUAUGCUUAAAAGGUAAACUCUUGAUAUUGUAUUUAGACUGAAAUGCGUACAACUAGAACGGAGUAAACGUAGAAGAUUUAUGUAAUCAUCUCAACUAGUUCGACAUAGAGGCAUAGUCGUCUUUGCUGUAUUUUGUUGUGUAUUCUCUUCACUGACAAAUAAUGUAAUAAUAGCCUGGUGACUAUUAAAUUACCAGCCCUCGAUCAAACAAAUCAUAUGACUAACAAUUAGAUAUGUAACUCUUUCUGGGUACGUAAUGUUCAUCUUAUAUUUGUGCGUGUCA